CAAAAGACCCCCCCCCCCUCUCUUUUUUUUUUUUGGAUUUUUCUUUCACUCAUCCGGUCUCUCGUUUGCGCACACACACACACACACACACACACACACACACACACACACACACUUAUACACUCAGACACGUGCGCGCGCACACACACACACACACACACACACACACACACACACACACACACACACACACACACACACACACACACACCAACCAUCACUCCUGGAAGAGAGAAGACAGGACCACAAGAGAACCGAUACACACCUCCUCCACCAGCUCUUCACCCAGCCUUCACCAGACGCUUUGCCAAGGAUGUGGACUCUGUUCUUGUGGGUCACUUUUGGAUUACUGGUCUCCUCCAGAUCGGACCAACUUGAAGUGAAAUCUCGGAGCUGCAGCUAUGCCGGGGUCUUUCUUAUUGAGGGACUGACUCGCUACUCGCUGAGCUUUGACAUGGCUAAGGAGUUUUGUGAGAAUCUAAAGACCACCCUGGCAACUCCUGAGCAAGUCGCAGAAGCCUACGUCGAGAAUAUGGAAACCUGCAGGAAUGGCUGGAUCAACAACCAGAGCAUUGCCAUCCUCAGACAUAAGAAUCAUGAAAACUGUGCAAAGAACAUGACAGGUCUCUUUAUCAACUCACCUGCUAACCCCAAGGAAAACUAUGAUGCCUACUGUUAUGAUGAAAAUGUUGGGCGUGAGGAAAACUGUGAGAAAGCCAUUGUUGGAGAUGUUGACUUUGUCUCAGAUGUACAAGCUGAACCCUCAGGACAGCCUGUGUCGGGGGGGGAUGCAGUCACUAUGGAGGACCCAGCCCUUCAGGUAAGGGACCAAACAGAAGCACCAGCAGUAGAGGGAGACCAGUCAGACCCAGGGACCACAAAGCCCCUUCCAGAAGUAGAGGAUGUGGCUGUUGGAGCAGACAGUAGCCUGCUGGAGCCCACCUCAGCCCCAGGAGAGGGAGCAACCACGAACGCCGAGGCUCAUGGUGGGGUGUUCACGGAAAUACACCCAACGACCAUACCACAACCUGCAGAACCCAGUCCUGUGGAUACAGCGGCCGGUGGUGAGGGCGCAAAAUCACACGGGACCACCACUGAGGUUUCCGUCCAGGGGAAUGACCAUGCUGAAGAAAAUGACACAGAGGACCUGGAUACUUCAACCAUCUCUGGGGGGGUGUUUCCAGAGAUGGGAGAGCCCACUGGAUCUGGAAUGCAGCCGUCCCUCCAUGAGGAAGAGGGACCCUCUGUAGUGAUUCCUGUUGGAGAACCAGAAAAAAACCAAGAGCCUUCUGUGGAGAUGGUUCCAGUGGAUAAGGAAAGGGAAUAUGAAGAUGGCAAGGAUUCUGAGGCAGAAGCAGCUGAACAGCCUCCUGCCAAAGGAAGAAUGAUUCCUGGAGCAGCGGCAGUGCCCACGGUUGCUGGACAGCAGAGCAGUGAUUCAUCAAGUUGGUUGGUCAUCAUUGGUGUUGUCGUGGCAGUUGGUGCCAUUUUACUUGUCUGUGCAGCUGUCGCCAAACGAAACAGCUGGUGUGGUAAACAUCAGACCCUGAUGAUCACACCCAAGGAUGGCGGUGAAGGAAAUGGAGCAGCAGCAUCGGUAGCAAGCACCCGCGCCCAGGAGAGAGAGCAGGAGAUGGUGACCCUGAUGAACAAGGAGAAGAUCCAAGAGAACGGCAACACGGAGGAGUUCACCGUCAUCACACUGGAGGAGUCCUCAGAUAAAGAACAGCUCGCGUGAGAUGGCAGGAGUGAGGAAUUGACGUGAACAGUAGGGGGCUUUGAGGCGA